UUGGCCGCGGCGCCGCCCGGCGGAGGCUCGGCGCUCCCGUCCCGGCGGCGUCCGUCCGAGGCGGGCGCGGACUAUGAGAAGAUGGUCGUGCAGGCGCGGAGCAAGCACCGAGAGGCAGCGGCGGCGGCGGCCGCUCCGCGCCGAGCCGGAGGCGCCGGCGAGCCUGAGCCCGAGCGUGAGCUGCCCGGUGGCCGCGGGCUCCCGAUGGCGCCCCCCGGCGGCGGGCGGCGGGCCGGCAGGAAGGGGCAGCGGCCCGAACCCGCACCGCCCCCGCGCAGCCUCUUGUCCCGCGUGUCGGCGGGGCUCGGCGCGCGACUGGGCCAGCGCCCGGCUGGGGGCCGGGGCCGGACGUGGACCACGCUGCUGCUGGCUGCUUUUGCUGGGAUUUUGCACUGGAGUCACAUAACAAGUCUCUUUGAAAAUGAUCGUCAUUUUUCUCACCUCUCAACACUGGAAAGGGAGAUGGCUUUUCGCACUGAAAUGGGACUUUAUUAUUCCUAUUUCAAAACCAUCGUAGAAGCUCCUUCAUUUUAUAAUGGAAUGUGGAUGAUUAUGAACGACAAGCUAACAGAAUAUCCUCUUGUGAUUAAUACAUUGAAACGUUUUAAUCUUUACCCAGAGGUGAUCUUAGCGAGCUGGUAUCGUCUCUACACCUGGAUCAUGGGCUUGAUUGGCGUUCAGACCAAGAUAUGCUGGACCGUUACCCGAGGAGAAGGGCUUAGUCCUGUAGAAAGCUGUGAAGGAUUGGGAGACCCGGCUUGCUUUUACGUCGCUAUGAUUUUUUUGUUAAAUGGACUAAUGAUGGCUUUGUUCUUCAUCUAUGGCACAUACUUAAGUGGGAGUCGACUAGGAGGCCUCAUUACAGUAUUGUGUUUCUUUUUCAAUCACGGAGAGUGUACACGUGUGAUGUGGACCCCUCCUCUUCGUGAAAGUUUCUCAUAUCCAUUCCUUGUGCUUCAAAUGUUGCUUGUGACUCAUAUUCUCAGGGCUACAAAUGUCUAUAGAGGAAGCUUGAUCGCCCUCUGCAUUUCAAAUAUUUUUUUCAUGCUUCCUUGGCAGUUUGCUCAGUUUGUCCUUCUCACACAGAUUGCAUCAUUAUUUGCUGUAUAUGUUGUGGGUUACAUUGAUUUAUGUAAAUUAAAGAAGAUCAUUUACAUCCAUAUGAUCUCCCUAGCACUUUGUUUUAUUUUGAUGUUUGGAAACUCAAUGUUACUAACGUCGUAUUAUGCUUCUGCUUUGGUUAUUAUCUGGGGCAUUCUGGCAAUGAGACCACACUUCCUGAAAGCAAAUGUGUCUGAACUCAGCUUGUGGAUUAUUCAAGGAAGUACUUGGUUGUUCGGAACAGUCUUAUUGAAGUACUUGACCUCUAAAAUCUUAGGCAUUGCUGAUGAUGCUCACAUAAGCAACCUGCUAACAUCCAAAUUCUUCAGUUACAAAGAUUUUGACACUUUAAUGUACACUUGUGCUGCAGAGUUUGACUUCAUGGAAAGAGAGACGCCAUUGAGGUACACAAGGACCCUGCUACUUCCCGUUGUCCUUGUGGUGUUUGCAGCAAUUGUUAGAAAGACCGUUAGUGAUAUUUUGUGUGUGUUGUCUAAGCAGCGUACACAUAUGAGAAAGCACCAGUUCGAUCACGGAGAGUUGGUUUAUCAUGCAUUACAACUAUUAGCUUAUACAGUCCUUGGUAUUUUAAUUAUGCGACUGAAACUGUUUCUGACACCACACAUGUGUAUCAUGGCUUCUUUGAUCUGCUCAAGACAGCUCUUCGGAUGGGUCUAUUGCAAAGUGCACCCCAGCACGGUCGUGUUUGCUGUAUUAGCCAUCAUGUCAGUGCAGGGCUCAGCCAACCUGCAGCACCAAUGGAGCAUCAUCGGGGAGUUUAGCAAUUUGCCACAGGAAGAACUCAUAGAAUGGAUCAAGUUUAAUACCAAACCAGAUGCUGUUUUUGCUGGUGCCAUGCCUACGAUGGCGAGCGUCAAGCUUUCCGCCCUCCGCCCCGUCGUGAAUCACCCACAUUAUGAAGAUGCAGGCUUGAGGGCAAGAACAAAAAUUGUUUACUCAAUGUAUAGUCGAAAAACAGCGGAAGAAGUGAAGCAGGCAUUAUUCAAAUUAAGAGUGAACUAUUACAUUCUAGAAGAAUCGUGGUGUGUAAGAAGAACCAAGCCUGGUUGCAGCAUGCCCGAGAUCUGGGAUGUGGAAGAUCCUUCCAAUGCUGGCAAAACUCCUUUAUGCAGUCUCUUGGUAAAGGACUCAAGACCUCAUUUCCCCACCAUAUUCCAAAACAGAAUUUACAAAGUCUUGGAAGUUAUUAAAGAACGAUGAA